UGCGAGUGCGACGAGGAUACCGAAACCUAUACUGUUUGAUUGUUUAAAAACAGUAAAACAAUGGAUAACAACAACGAUAUCGAUAAAAUGUUCGAUCAAUUAACCAACGAAAUCUAUUGCGAGUUGGACGAUUUGCGAAGUUACGUGAACAGUAGACCUCAAAGUUACGUGAACGACUCCGGAAUGGACAGGGAGUGGAAGGAGUACUGGGCAAACGAAACGUCAAUAGCGAGCGCGAGGGCGUCGGUUAUGAUCUACGAUGACGUCAACAAGAAAUGGGUACCGUCGGGUACCUCCUCGGGCCUCUCCAAGGUCCACAUCUACCAGCACCAGAUCCACCAGACCUUCAGGGUCGUGGGCAGGAAACUGCAGGACCACGAGGUCGUGAUCAAUUGCGCGAUCUUAAAGGGACUGAAGUACAACCAGGCGACCGCGACCUUCCACCAAUGGAGGGACAACAAACAAGUCUACGGUUUGAAUUUUAGCUCCAAAGAUGACGCGGACUGUUUCGCCCGCGCCAUGUUUCACUCCUUGGAGGUGCUAAGCAACAUCGUGCGUCAACCGGGACCUCCACCCUCGCAAUACGCCCCUCCCUCCUCCAUCCAGCAGCAGCAGCAGCAACAAUCGCCCCAACCCCAGCAACAGCAGCAACAACAACAACAGCCGCCUCCGGUACCCGCACACCAAAACCAAAUGCCGCCCCAACAGCCUCCGCAACCGCCCGUACCCCCGCACGGAAUCCCGCCGCAGCACUCGAUGGUCCAGAUGGGCGGCCAUCAGCAGUACGACGAGGACAUGGGCUACCGGACCAUGACCAGGGAGGACGUGGCCAUGAUCCAGGAGCGACGGAUAUCGGCCGCCCUUUUGUCGCCCCAGCCCACCUCGCCGAUGACGCCCCAGCAGAGUAACGUGCCCGCGCCGCCCGCCAUGCCCGGCAUGAUGAUGAUGGCGGCGGCGGCCGUCGCCCACAGUCCCGUAUCGCCGCCCCAAACCGGACACACAAGAACCGUAAGCGCGCCGCCCGCACCUCCGCCGCCCCCGGGACCUCCCGCUCCCCCUACUCCCGCUCCGGUGGCGGGUCCGCCGCCCCCGCCGCCGCCCCCGAUGAUGUCCCGUAGUCAGAGCAGCGACGGUGGCGAGGCGAACUCUUUGGCCGCCCAGUUACAAAAUGCGAAAUUGAAACGGAACAAGACGAAUACCACACAACCGACUGAAAAUAGCGGCUCGUCCACCAGCAGCGGAGGCAGCAGCAAUUAUGGUACUUUGGGCAGAGGCGGCGGUAACAGUAUGGCCUCGAUGAUGGACGAGAUGGCCAAGACGUUGGCCAGGAGAAGGGCGGCCGUCGAGAAGAAGGUACCAGACAAGGACGAGGAAGACAAAAAGGCGGCAAUGUGGGAAAAGACGCACACCCUACCGAGUAACACUUCAAAAUUCAGCGGUUCCGAUUCACCGAAGGCUGCCCGGAAACGGUUCGGUUCCGCAUCCGAGGAAACCAUUUUGAAAGUGAACGGCUUAACGGAAGUAGCGAUGUCCAUUGGUCCGACGGAGAUGGAGAGCCUGAAGAACGAGAUAGUCAAGGAGGUGAAGAAGGAAAUCGCGAAAAUGAAGCAGGAUAUUUUAGAUGCAAUCAAAACAGAACUGAAUAGAAGGUAAUCGACUUACCCUAACCCGCAGACUUACCCGUUUUUUUUUUGUAUAGUUUUUACAAUAACUAUUAUCGUAUAAGUAUUAACAUUCUCGAAGCGUUCAUGUGUAUGUUAAUCCAUCUCAUAAUGUAAAGUAUAAACGAGUAAUUUUAA